AUGCCAGAUAGUGUCCCGCUCGAAGCACUUCGUAACGGUCUCUGGUACAACUCAAAGUUCAAGGAAGACCUAUCGCUGAGACCAUCGACGAACUUGGAAGACGCGCUCCACCGAUCCCAAAACUACAUUUUCCUUGAGGAGGAUAAAGACUUCUAUGCCGAGAAGCACGGCGUGAAGAGAUCAUUCCCUUUUGCAGAAGAUGACAGCCCCGAGAAUCACUGGGACGUGACCGAGAUGCCGUCACAAUCCGCUCCGUCAACCCCAUCUCGUCUCCGCUCGACGACACCACGAAUGACGAGUGCGAUCAUACUUUGUACUGUCGCUUCCACAGAAGAACUGGUCAUUCUAUCGACACCUGCACGGAACUCAUCAGUAACCUCUUGGAGCAGUACGAGAAGGAAAACUUUCCGGUGGAAGACUUCUCCCACGUUCAUGGAUCUCUAUGAACUUGCGAAAUUUCUGGCAUCGCGACGAACGGCGACAAGACCCAGAAGUGGCCAAGCUGCGCCGCAACCUCGAUGCAAUCAGCUCCAAAGUGCACGACGCUAUCAGCUCGGCACCCGAGAUUGCCAAAGUCCUCGCCGAGACGAAAAGAAGUCCUUCACUCGUCGUAUCGCCGCGAUACCUCUAAGGGAUCAAACGGCUCUCCGUCUUCAGUUCUACAACAAGGGUGACGAUCCUCGAAACUGGCUAAGAAACUUCGAGAUGGCCAUGAGAAGGCAAAAAUAUGCCUCCCCCGAAGAACAAGACGCAAAUUACUGUCAAGUGUUCAUCGAGCACAUGAACAAAGACGCGACGAGCUGGUUUUCGAACCUUCCCGCCGAGACCAUCGACAACUUUGAUGAUCUCAGCACGGCAUUCAUGAAACACUUUGGCAUGUUUAUGUCAAAAGGCAGCACCAAUCUUUUCACUAUGGCACAGGGAAAAGAUGAGUCUCUUCGCAAGAGUCAUCUCGGCACGCAUCAUCUCGUCAAGAUUCAUAAAAGGAGGCCUCUAAGGAGUCUUUCACAACAGGACAGCGACGAGUCCAAAUGGUGCAAACUCCAUGGACGAGCCGAUCAUACUACAGAAGAAUGUAGGCACGUCAUGAGCUUGAUACAAGAGUAUAGCAAUACUCCGCAAAGCCAAAGUAUGCUGAACGCCGCGAUGAAAAUCGACGAGCUGCAAACCAGCGCCGACGUAAAAAUCCGACGCCAAGAUGAAGGCGACGACGCCGAGAAGAACGCGCCUGCAUCACUCCCUCACCAAGAUGAUCUGCCUCCGCCGCCACCGGUUCCUGACGUAGAAGCUCCCGUCACGACCGCCGCGUUAACCGCCGCCAUGCAAGGCUUUACUGCUCAAAUUGCUUCUCAAUUCGCCCAGAUGCAAGCUCAGCAGCAAAAGUACAACGACACGAAACCGUCGCAUCCGUCAAUGGCAGAAACAUCAUCUCCAGCAUGUCGUCACCUUCAAACUCAUCAGCAACUUAAGCUGGUAACUGAAACUCUCACCGACGACGUUAGCAACGCAAGCACAGCAUGCAAAGCAAAAAUUCCGAAAAAACGCAACUCCUCCGACGUUCUGGCCCAACGUUCGGACGCACUUAAGCACAGCAACCCGUGGACUGAUCACCCACAAAAGACGAGAGCACGCACCUCGCACGGUUCUAAGCCAUACGGGCGAGAAAAAACCGCUGUCUCGUCACGCGUAUCGGACUUAAAAGUCACCCCAUCUCGGCAUUCGCAUUCUCCUCUCUCGAAGAACUUCCUCCAGCUAACGAGGUUUCCAUCAGCAUCCCGGCGAAAGUUGGCCAAACUUGUUUUGUCCCCUCCAUCUCGGCAAGCUUAUCAUAGAGUACAACAAUUAUCCAUCUCGACGUACCUUUGCGGCACCAGAACAGGCGGACUGCAAAGUCAAACUAAACUCGGUGAAGAUGAAAACCCUAUCAUUCAUCCCGUUGAAGUCGAAAACGGUCGCGUCAACACGAACAACGGUCGCGUCAACCCUCUAUUGGUCCCAGGCGAAGAAGCUCCAGUCACCAACGCCGCGACUACCGCGCCCAUGCAAGAUUUCGCUGUUCGAAUCGCCGCGACGCAAGCUCCACAUCACCAAAGGCGGACGAGUUAUCCCUACUGGACGAACCCUUUUCCAGACGACGAUAAGAAGUAUCACGGCAACAGGCUCUAA